AGAGGAUUUCUCACAGAUCACUGCAGAAAAAUGAGCUCCGCAGAAGACCUUGAAUAUCCACACAUCCUAAUUCAGUACCAGAAUGGAUUUUUAAUAUCAAAGGUGAUGUUCACUGCCUGUGAACUGGGAAUUUUUGAUCUCCUGAAAGAAUCAGGGAAGAACCUAUCCUCAAAGGUCAUUGCAGAACGGCUGGGUUGCAGCCUUCAUGGAAUGGAGAGGCUUCUGGAUGCCUGUGUUGGUUUAAAGCUCUUGAGAGCAGAGGUGAACCAAGAAGAAGCUCUUUAUGGAAACACAGAAAUAUCCAAUCUCUACCUCACCAAAUUGGGUCCCAAGUCUCAGUAUCAUAAUCUGAUGUACUACUCCAAAACCAUCUAUUUGUGCUGGCACUACCUGGCAGAUGCUGUAAGGGAGGGGAAAAAACAAUAUCAGAGAGCAUUUGGCAUUUCAUCAAAAGAUGUAUUUGAAGCACUUUACAGGUCAGAGGAAGAAAUGAUAAAGUUCAUGUAUGGACUGAAUGCCACUUGGAGCAUAUGUGGCAGAGAUGUGCUAGUUGCAUUUGAUCUUUCUCCAUUUACUGUGAUUUAUGAUCUCGGAGGAGGUGCUGGUGCCCUGGCCCAUGAAUGUAUUUCACUGUAUCCCAACAGUGCAGUCACAAUUUUUGACCUUCCUAAAGUAAUAGAAACAACAAAAAAGCAUUUUGUAUCUUCAGAGGAACGCCGGAUUACUUAUCAUGAAGGAGAUUUUUUUAAAGAUCAUAUUCCAGAAGCUGACCUGUAUAUUUUAGCAAGGAUCCUCCAUGACUGGGAAGAUGAGAAAUGUGUGCAGCUGCUUACAAAAGUGCAAAAGGUCUGCAAACCCGGUGGUGGAGUCCUGCUUAUUGAAACACUUCUGAAUGAGGACAAAAGUGGACCACUGGAAAGCCAGCUCUAUUCUCUUAAUAUGCUUGUUCAGACAGAAGGAAAAGAGCGGACUGCAACAGAGUAUGGUGAACUCCUCACAGCAGCAGGUUUCCAAGAGACUGAAAUCAAGAUAACUGGGAAGCUGUAUGAUGCCAUUUUAGGAAGGAAAUAA